CCAUCGUACGGUGCGAUUCUUGGUUUUCAUACGCUCUGAUCCUCGCGAACAAUACUUUUCUCGCUUAGAAUCCUUUCGGUCGAAAAAAGGAAAAAUGCGUCUGAUUACGGUUAAAUUUUUGCUGAUGGCAUUUUUCGCCUUCUCAACUAUUUUGCCAGCGAAUGCCCUGGAAUGCUACAGUUGUGUAGGAGAUGAAUGCCAUGUGGAAACGGUUCGGACGGUCUCUUGCACUCUUGAUGGCUCUUCGGCAUUUGUGUUGGAGACAAAUGCCGCUUUGAAUCGCUUUAGACGGUCUCUUCUUUCAGUGAUGCCAAGAGCAGCAGAAGACGAUACGGAAUCCACACCCGCAGAAUCUACAACGGACUCUUCGGCGGCUUCUUCUGCUACUGACUCUACAACCGUUUCGACCGCCACGGAUUCUACAGAAUCUUCAGCCACUGAAUCUACAACGGAGUCUCCUGCUACGGACUCUACCACAACGGUUUCUCCAACCCCUUCUUCGACAGCUUCAGCCAGCACGGAUUCUACAGCCACGGAAUCUUCAACCAGUGAAUCUACAACAGACUCUCCUGCUACUGACUCUACCACCCCGGAUUCUUCAUCCUCUUCCUCGACUGCUUCAGCCAGCACGGAUUCUACAGUCACGGAAUCUUCAACCACUGAAUCUACAACAAAUUCUCCUACUACUGACUCUACCACCACGGUUUCUUCUUCGACCACUUCUUACACUGACUCUACCACCACGGAUUCCACAACUACGGAUUCCACAACUACGGAUUCUUCAACCACGGAUUCUUCAACCACGGAUUCUACAACCACGGAUUCUACAGCCGCAGAUUCUACAACAACUGAUUCUACAAACUCUGAUUCUACAACAGAACCUUCAACAGAUUCUACAACUGACUCCACCACCACGGACUCAACAACCUCCUCUACAACCUCUUCUACAGCUUCUUCUACAGACACUGAUUCUUCAAGCUCUUCCACUGAAUCUACUACUGAUGCUACCACCAAUUCUUCUCCAGUGAGCUAUAAGCUUGCCGCCUGCUACAGUAUCUACAAAGACGGAGUGAUAAGCCGUGGCUGUGUUCAGGUGCCUGAUGGACAAGGUGCCUGCGAUGUUGUGAGAAAAGAUCUCGAGGUUACAGCAGACUCUGACGAUGAGUGUGAUAUCUGCUUGACAGAUCGGUGCAAUGGAAGCACUAGCCUGAAGGUCUCUCUAGGUGCCAUGGUUCUGCUCUUGACGAUGGGACUGAAAAACCUUCUCUAGGAGAUGGUGGCAGAUUAUUAUGUAUUAUGUAUAUAUUUGUUAGUAAUUUGUAUCCGUGUUUAAUUAAUAAACUG